AUGGACGGCGGCGCGUGCUGCGUUGCGUUGGCCCAGGCCAAGAGGCGGACGGACGAAGCGCCAGGGGUCGCGGCGCGGUCGCAGGCACGCGCAGCACGCACCAAGCACACGCGCCGACGCGGCCAAGGGACCGGGGCGCUGUCACAUCUCGCCUACCACCGCCACACCGCCCUCACCGGACCACACGAUCUCGUGUCGGACUCGGGCGAGUCUUUGUCUCUCUCCGAUGCCGGAGCCCUCGCUCUGUGCUCGCGUGGGAAGCGCGACGACGUCAAGGGAGCUCGGCUGCCGGUUCCCAGAUGCGACGGUCCCGCGGGCGGACGGGCGACGGAGCAAGCAUGCGGAUGA